GAGCGAAAGAGCAAAAGAGUCAAAAUUUGCAAGUAAAGUAGCAAGGUAGCUGUCAAAUGACCGAAACGUAUAGUCGAUAGAAUAGUAGACAACCGGGAGGAGGCAUCAUCGCGUCAGGCAAACAAGAAAAACGCUGGUUCCAUAAUCAAAAAUGGACAAAUUCCUGCGGUUCUUUAUCAAAUUCCAUGGCUACUGCAUUUGCACGGUAAGCAGCGUUCUCACACCGCUGUUCACGGCACUGCUGUCCAACAUCAACUCCUACAGCCGAUACGACGAUUUUAUCGAUUUACGUUUCACUGGGAUACCGGUUCUAAUUUUCGGAAUUGCUUGGAUGAUUGCAAACAGUUUGCUAAUCAUCGGAUUGAUUAAGGAAAAGAAAACAUAUCUCUACCCGUUUUGUGUACUGUUUCUGGUUGAAUUUCUUCUGGUAGUACUGCGAGAUAUGUAUUUGAUGAUCUCGGGAGACAGAUGGUACCAUACCGCUUUUUUCAACAUUACAUUUCCGAUAUUAUUGUUCAUUGUACCAUACGUCGUGCUAAGCAUGCUGGCAUUAAUGAGGCUAUACGAUACAGAUCCCAUCCAAAAGACGGAUGACAACUUUGUACGGUUCGACAGAAAUGGCCCGGAAGAAGUGGACCGAGUUACUAUUAUAGCUUAAGAGGAGUUUUUUGAAAGGUGCCAUAUAAUAACGACAGACCAAAAUGAGGCUGCUUUUAGGAUGCUUUAAAACUAUGUAAUAAGUGUUAUUUUAAGCUGACUGAUUUAAAGCUAAUUCAUCGAUCAUACAGAAUCUCUAGGAAUCGUCACAGAAGAAAUUGAAUCUAGAUUUUGAAGGCUCAACUGUUUGAAUAGUUAUUGCAUGGUAACAGUGUGUAGUUAAAAUAACCCACAUGUAGUGACAGAUUAUUGGUGUUUAACUGUGUGGAAUAAUAUAUACUUAAAACUAUGUAUUCAAAAAUAUUACGAAAUCAACCAAAUUAGACUUAUUUAUAAAUGCUCAUUCCUUUGUGUUCUCUACACAUAUGGUCUCAUCACAUAAAAGGCCCCGUGUUUUUGAGUCAUUUAUAAUGUGGAUUUUGAAUAAAGUUAAAAUACUUAAAAGGAA